AUGCCAAAGAGCACGACUGAAUUAAGAAACAUGCCCAUUGAUGACGGGCUUGACGAUGGAUUCGCUGGCAACAUCCCAAACGGAGAGUUGGGAACUAAAGCUGAUGUGUCUGUUGGAGAUGGGUCCUCGAGCCAAGCCAUGGAUGGUGUUGGGAAGCGUUCUUUCGUAAAACGAAUCGUUGGCAUUGUACCUUACGGGGGAAUGGUAUCCAAUGCCUUUAACCUCGCCAGUGCAACCCUUGGAGCUGGAAUUGUGGUACUACCAUCUGGAUUCCAUAAUUCCGGUAUCAUAGUUGCUGUGAUUCUCCUUGUAUUGUGUUGUGCAUUCACAAUAUAUUCAAUUCGACUGCUUGCACUCACCAAGGAUAAGACCGGUUUGCGUUCAUAUGAGGAGAUGGCACGCGGAUUGCUUGGUCGUGGCGUGGAUUAUUUCACGGCAUUGUUGAUGUUCGUCUUCUGUUUUGGAACUUGUGUUGGCUACGUCAUUUCUGUGGGUGACUUGUUGUCACCGUUGCUCAAUGCACCAUCAUCACCCAAGUUCCUUCAUACAGAUUCUGGAAAGCGAUUGAUUGUGAGCGCCGUUUGGUUUGUGGGAAUGUUUUCUCUUUCUCUUCCAAAGGAAAUUAAUUCCCUUCGGUACGCCUCUGUUGUUGGAGUCACACUGAUAGUCUUCUUCGUUAUCUGUAUGAUUGUUCACGCCGCCACUCAUGGAUUGAAGGGAGGGUUUUCAUCAGAUAUUCGAUUAUUUAACAGUGGAAUUGAGGCAAUAAAUGGUCUUUCUUUGUUCAUUUUCGCCUUUAUCUGUCAGGUGAACUGUUUUGAAAUCUACGAGGAGAUGCGAAACCCCUCGCCAAGGCGCAUGACGCGGGAUAGUUUACUGAGUAUGACAGGUGUUGGGAUUCUCUACUUUCUCGCUGGUUUCUUUGGCUACGCUGACUUUGGAGCCGGUGCUUCGGAAUCUGUUCUACGGUUGUAUUCUCCGCAGAGUGACGUAAUGAUGGCAAUUGCGUAUAUUGGUAUGGCUGUCAAACUCUGUGUGGGGUUCGCUAUUUGUAUUCAGCCAUCACGUGACGCUGUCUACUAUGUUUUGCACUGGGGAAAGACAUCAGAUGUACCAACGUGGCGCAAUCUUCUUGUCAGUGGCUUCCUCGCACUGGCCGCUCUUAUUCUUGGACUCUUCAUACCAAAUAUAAGCGUUGUGUUUGGCUUCUUGGGUGGGGUUUGCGGUGGUUUCCUGGCGUUUAUUUUUCCCGCACUAUUUCACAUGUACGCCGGAAACUGGUCGCUUGGGGAGGUGGGAUGGAUGAAUUUCAUCGCCACAUACUUGCUGCUUAUCAGUGGAGUUAUUGCAGCAGUCUUUGGUACUGCCGUGACGAUCUACGGUGAGGUUCGUGGAUAG